GUGGCGUGACUCGGCCCAGUCGUGUCCUCGACGGGUGGAGGUUCCUCGCUUCUACGUGUCGUAUAUCUACGUAACCAGAGCUCCCCAGGGGCGGGCCCUUCGUCUGGAACACCACACUGAAGAUGGAGUUCUCUUGUCUCUUAGCGACACCGUGCUCUGGAGGACAGGCAUCCAGACAGACAGCGUUCUGUCAGCCAGACUCCAGAUCAUCAGGAUCUACAUAAGAGAAGAUGGCCGUCUGGUCAUCGAGUUCAAAACACACGCCAAGUUCAGGGGCCAGUUUGUCCCCGAGCACCACACCCUGCCUGGGCACAAGUCCCACCUGAUGGCCCCGGACCACCUGGGGGGGAUAGAGUUUGACAUGCAGCUCAUAUGGAGCGCCCAGUCCUUUGAUUCUCCCUACCAGCUCUGGAAAGCUACCUCCUCUUACAGCAGGAAAGACUACUCUGGAGAGUACACAGUGUUUCUGAUCCCCUGUACCGUGCAGCCAACCCAACCAUGGACCGACCCUGGAGACAAGCCUCUGUCCUGCACAGCCCACGCCCCAGAGAAGUUCCAACUACCUAUAGCCUUCCAGCAGACCAACCGACCGGUGCCUGUCGUGUACAGCCUCAACACAGAGUUUCAGCUGUGCAACAAUGAGAAGGUGUUCAUGAUGGACCCGGCCGUCGCUGACAUGUCCAUGUCUGAGAUGGACUACAAGGGAGCCUUCUCUAUGGGCCAGACAUUGUAUGGCAGGGUGCUGUGGAACCCGGAGCAGAACCUGAACUCAGCCUACAAGCUGCAGCUGGAGAAGGUGUACCUGUGUACGGGACGGGAUGGAUACGUGCCCUUCUUCGACCCCACAGGGACUCUGUACAACGAGGGGCCUCAGUACGGCUGCAUCCAGCCCAACAAACACCUCAAACACAGGUUCCUGAUCCUGGACCGGAAGCAGCCUGACGUCUGUGACAGGUACUUCCAUGACGUUCCCUUCGAGGCUAACUUUGCGUCGGAUAUCACCGAACUACAGACCAUGACAGCCAUACCUGGUGUUGAUGGAUUUACCAUGAAAGUUGAUGCCCUGUACAAGGUGGAGGCGGGGCAUCAGUGGUACCUGCAGGUGAUCUAUGUGAUUGGUCCAGAGUCCAUCUCCGGCCCCAGGAUCCAGCGUUCUCUGAAACAUCAGCUUGCCCACAGCAGCGACAUGGGGCGGGCUCGCAGGGACCUGACCAAUCAGCUGAGGCAAAGCAUCGACUACAGCCGCGCUCGCCGGGACCUGGUGGACCAAAGUGGACAUCUCACCCUCGACGAGUCUCUGAUCUAUGAUAACGAGGGCGACCAGACGAAGAACGGAACCAACAUGAAGACUCUCCGCCUCGAGGUCCCCGCUGCCUCAACCUUUAACCCCCAGAUGGGCGGUUCGGUGGGCGGGGGCGUGGCCGCACUAACCCUAUUGGUCCUCGUCCUGCUGGCUUCAUGUUUACUCUUCAGGAAGUGCCGACGAUCGGCUGGGAAGAAGCCGUCUCAGAUGGCGGAGGAGUACCCUCUGAACACCAAAGUAGAGGUGUGUUUGGAGAGGACCCUGGAGAAGAACUUCAGCUCCAAACACUGCACCGUCAGGAACAUCAACAUCAACCGGAACUACGACAACGUCAACUCCAAGGUCAACAGAGGCGCAAAGGUCAACGGAGGGGCGAAAGUCAAGCAGGUCAACCUGGAGGUCAAGCUCCAUAACAACCUCCACAACGACGGCACCGAGGUCUGAGGAUCCCCUCCACCUCCCACCAUUGUUUACCCCGGCGAGAUCAUUUCCCGAACGUCGAACUAGUAGAAGUAACAGUUCUACUCAAGGGGAGACAUCUACCGGAGUGGAGGAGUAUUUUAUGAGACAUCUAACAGAGAUGUAGUUUUCUAAAAAGCGUUUGUUUGUACUUAUGGAAUAAAAUAUUGUUUGUUAAUGUAUUUUUAUAUGACCAUGAUGAGAGAUAGAAGUAAAAAGGGAAGCGUUGUUUUUGACGGCCAGCUAUGCAGCGUUUAUUCAAAUAAUUUCAAAACUGGGCUACCUCAGGAAUAGGGAAACGAGUGAACAACUAUCGAACUAUGGCGUUAAAACAUGAUUGAUUGUGUCGUUAUUUGAAACUAUUUGGAUCUCUUUCGUUUUUUUUUCUUUCUUGUUUUCAACUUGUCAUCGUUGUUGAACGACUAGAGAGUUUGGAAUAAGUCAAGGGAAAUCCGAUGCCUUGUUUUUCGCUUUAUGUUUCCAUGACAACAACAACGCCAAAAUGAUCAACGUAUGGUAGCUCAGGCACUUUGCUCCAGCUUGUCUUGAAUAAUUUGAAUAGUUCAGAUAUAACUCGGAUGCAUUAUUUAAUCGCAGUGCCAUAAUAUGACAACUAUGAAAGUAUUCAACACAGCAAGGACCCCAAUCCUAACUCCACUUUCGUUCGUCAUUCAUUCAUUUCAAUGGAAGAUUUGCACAAAAACUUUAGGAUACAGUCCCUACAGCGUGUUAUGGUCUUCUGCCCACAACUGAAUGAGUAGUGUUGUAAAUUAUAUAUUUUCAAGUGCAAUUAAACCAUGAACACACUCUCUCCUCAAACUAAGUUCUCUGCAUGUGGAACUAAGAUCCAGCCUAGUAAUAUGGUGUGUCUGAAAUGACACCCUAUCCCCUAUACCAGUGUUUCCCUAUUCCAGUACCCCCAGCUCCAGUCCUCCAGUCCCCCCAACAGCCCAA